AACAGAGAGAGGAGCCGGAGGUUAGGUUUUGAAUUUGAAACCGUUUUUUUCACGGUGGUGACGUGGCAGAGGUUAACCGUCUCUGAAUCUGUGGUCUGUGGAUGGGCCAGUCAGCUUCGGCGGCAGCAAUUUCAAGCCGCCGUGAGAACAACCACAGCCAUCGGUCGAAGUCCAUAGCAGCGGCUCUGAUCUCUCCGAUGCUGGCUCCGGAGGAGUCCGGUGAGGUUCUCGAUUUUGCGACCGACUAUAUCUCCGAUCUACCGGAUGAGUGCCUGGCUUGUAUUUUCCACUCCCUCGGCUCCGGCGACCGGAAAAGAUGCUCUCUGGUCUGCCGGCGGUGGCUGACGGUGGAGGGACAGAGCCGUCAUCGUCUCUCUCUUAACGCGCAGGCGGAUCUGCAGCCGAGUAUUGGUUCUCUCUUCUCUCGCUUCGACGCCGUCACCAAGCUCGCGCUGAAAUGCGAACGCAGAUCCACCAGCAUCGGCGACGAGGCGCUUGCUCUCAUUUCCCUGCGGUGCCGGAACCUCACGCGCCUGAAGCUCCGCGCGUGCCGCGAGUUGACCGAUGCAGGGAUGCUGGCGUUUGCGAAGAACUGCAAGGGUUUGAAGAAGCUCUCAUGCGGAUCGUGCACCUUCGGAGCUAAAGGAAUGAACGCCGUGCUGGACAACUGCUCGGCGCUGGAGGAGUUAUCGGUGAAGCGGCUCCGUGGUAUUGGGCCGGACGGGUCGACGGUUGAACCGAUUGGGCCCGGCGUUGCCGGCUCGUCGCUCAAGACAAUCUGCUUGAAAGAGCUUUACAAUGGCCAGUGUUUCGGGCCGCUUAUAAUCGGCGCAAAGAAUCUGAAGACUCUGAAGCUUUACCGUUGCGGCGGAGAUUGGGAUAAGCUUCUUCAAGUUAUAGCGGAGCGAGUUACUUCUAUGGUUGAAAUUCACCUGGAAAAGCUUCAGGUCAGCGACAUUGCGCUGGCCGCAAUCUCCAAUUGCUUGGAUCUGGAGAUUCUACACCUUGUCAAGACCCCAGACUGCACAAAUGUAGGUCUCAUUUCGGUCUCGGAACGCUGCAAGCUCUUGAGAAAGCUUCACAUUGAUGGAUGGAAGUCGAACCGUGUGGGAGAUGAAGGCUUGAUUUCGGUGGCCAAGAGUUGCCCCAACCUUCAGGAGUUGGUUCUUAUCGGCGUGAAUCCGACCAAAGUGAGCUUGGAAUCGUUGGCGACGAAUUGCCCCAAUCUGGAGAGGUUGGCAUUGUGUGGGAGUGAUACAGUGGGUGAUCCAGAGCUUUUGUGCAUUGCUGCGAAAUGUGGAGCAUUGAAGAAGCUUUGCAUUAAGAGCUGCCCUGUGUCUGAUGUUGGCCUUGAAGGACUUGCCAGUGGGUGCCCGAAUAUGGUGAAAGUGAAGGUUAAGAAGUGUAGGCUAGUGACACCCGAGGGUGCUGAUUCUUUGAGAGCUAAGAGGCCUACAUUGGCUGUGAAUUUGGACACCGGUGAGCCUCCACUAGAUGCCAGUGCCAGUGACGGAGGGCCACAAGAUAACCCUGCUGUUGAACUUCCGCUGGCCACACAGCCAGCGUUUCCUGACAUUGCUUCAAGCAGUACAGGGAGGUCGGCAUCCUUUAAGUCAAGAUUAAGCGUUUUAUCCGGAAGAACCCUUGUGGCUUGCACUCUGAGAAGGUGGGUAAGUCGAAAUUUUUAGUAAUUAUUGAACAGAAAACCAAACAGAAGCAAGCAGACUGAAAAA